UUCACUGCUGACUGUGUUGCAUUAAAGGUCUAGAACCAUGCUGAACAAUCUGAAAGGCUCUUUAAGGCUCCUGAGUUCCAUUGUGGUGCUUGGAUUUCAGCUUGUCGUACCGCAGUCCACCAUUGAGCACAGAAAGGUUCCACAAAGGAUAGAAGAGCAAAAUGUUGCCACGGAAGAAGAAAACGGAGGAAUCCCGGGGGUCUGGGGUAGCUGGGGCCCCUGGUCGGCUUGUUCUAGAAGCUGCAGCGGAGGAGUAAUGGAGCAAACAAGGCCUUGCCUUCCGGGAUAUUAUUAUGAAAGGAGCUACCGCAGGCCAGGACAAUUCUCUGUCUCUGAAAGAACUCUUGGUCACCACCAACAGCUCCACCACCAAGAAGACCUGCUGAAUCCUUACUCCGGGCACGUCAUCUCCGCCAUACGGACGUCGGUGCCACUUCACCGGAAUGAGGAACAGAGCCGGGCCAGCCUUCGGGCUGGCCUCUCCUCAGGAGGCCGCAAUGACAGCCACUUGAGCCGAGGCGCAUUGAGGGGAGGCCGCCUUUCUCAAUCCCGACGCCGUAGUCCCAAACCGGAUAGAAGAGGCAGAAAUAAAAAUCCCAUUGGACCUGGGAAAUACGGAUAUGGAAAAGUGCCCUACAUCCUGCCACUGCAGACCGACACAGGGCAAUUGCAACGCAAGCCACGACGCCAGCGGCAGUUGACACGGGAAGCAACGAACCAACCACGUGUGGGCAUCGGGAGCCCCUUUGGACAUCCAGCAAACCCUUCCCAUCACCAAGGCAGUCUGCUCCAAGAAGAUCGCAGUCUUCAACCAAGGCCGCAAGGUGCCAGUGGUUCUAUCUAUCGGCAGACGGUUCCCCAUUUCCAGCCAUUUCCUGUGUCACAAAGCUUAUUCCAUGGUACGGACUUGAGUGCUCACGUCCCUGUCUCCCACCAGCCAGUCCAAGGCCAGCCUCCAUCUCAGAGGACCUCAACAAUUGUGUGCACUGGCGCCUACAAGCAACACAAACUCUGCAACACAAAUGCAUGUCCUGAAAACAGAAACAUCAGAGAGGUUCAGUGUGCAUCAUACAAUAACAAACCGUUUAUGGGUCGAUUCUAUGAGUGGGAACCCUUCGCAGAAGUGAAAGGCAGCCAGAAAUGUGAGCUCAAUUGCCGAGCUGUAGGCUACCGUUUUUACGUCAGGCAAGCCGAGAAGGUCAUCGAUGGGACACCGUGUGACCAAAACGGGACCGCCAUCUGUGUGUCCGGUCAGUGCAAGAAUAUUGGCUGUGAUGACUAUUUGGGCUCAGACAAGGUUGUGGAUAAAUGUGGAAUCUGUGGUGGAGACAACACAGCCUGCAAAGUUGUGUCUGGAGUCUUCAAACAUACCUUGACCAGCCUUGGCUACCACAAAAUAGUUGAAAUUCCAGAGGGUGCCACAAAAAUCAACAUUACGGAGAUGUCAAAGAGCAAUAACUACUUGGCAUUGCGGAGUCGAUCGGGGCGGUCUAUCAUCAAUGGGAAUUGGGCAAUUGACCGGCCAGGGAGAUACGAGGGAGGAGGAACUAUGUUCACAUACAAGCGCCCCAAUGAAAUCUCAAGCACUGCUGGGGAGUCCUUUCUAGCAGACGGCCCGACAAACGAAAUCUUGGACGUCUACAUGAUACAUCAGCAGCCCAACCCAGGUAUCCAUUAUGAGUACAUCAUCCCAGGGCCCAACGUCAUCAGUCCUCAGGUGCCUCUUCACAGGCGGCCAGGAGAGCCAUUCAACGGCCAGCUGGAUGUGACGGACAGUGUGAAUUAUGAAGAGGAGGAUUUGCAUCGGGAGACAGGCACUCACCUUGGGCAGCCCGUGGCGACCUUCCCAGUGAUUCAAUCAGGCAGGUUUCCUUCUCAUCAGCCAGACAACCAGGUGCCUGCUGGUCAGCCGCCAAGACGAAACCGAGAACACAACUGGAAACAGAUCGGGAUGACCGAGUGCACCACCACAUGUGGGAAAGGGUCGCAGUAUCCUAUCUUCCGCUGUGUGAACAGAAACACUCAUGAAGAGGUGACCGAAAGUUACUGUGAUCUCAGCACCAAGCCUACCCCAGAAGAGGAAGCCUGCAACAUCUUCCCUUGCCCAGCCUUCUGGGACAUAGGGGAAUGGUCGGAGUGCAGCAAGACCUGCGGCCUCGGAAUGCAACACCGCCAAGUCCUCUGCCGGCAGAUUUACGCCAAUCGCACCCUGACGGUCCAGCCGCACCGUUGCCACCACCUGGAGAAACCGGAGACAACAAGUACGUGCCAGCUGAAGAUCUGCAGCGAAUGGCAAAUUCGGACAGAAUGGACACCGUGUUCAGUACCAUGUGGAGUGGGCCAGAGGACACGAGAUGUAAAGUGUGUGAGCAACUUAGGAGACGUUGUUGAUGAUGAGGAAUGUAACAUGAAACUACGACCGAAUGACAUCGAGAACUGUGAUAUGGGGCCCUGUGCCAAGAGCUGGUUUCUCACGGACUGGAGUGACCGGUGUUCCGCAGAAUGUGGCGCAGGUGUCCGAACGCGCUCUGUUGUUUGCAUGACGAACCACAUCAGCAGCUUGCCCCUGGAGGGCUGCGGGCAUAACCGACCUUCAGACACAACUCCCUGUGACAACGGGCCAUGUUUGGGGAAGGUGGAAUGGUUUGCAGGGAGCUGGAGUCAGUGUUCAGUUGAAUGCGGCAGUGGAACCCGGCAGAGGGAAGUCAUUUGUAUCAGAAAGACUGAAAACAGCUUUGAAAUGUUGAAUCCCUACGAGUGCUCGUAUUUGGAGAGACCGCCCAGCCAGCAAACCUGUGAUCUCAAGCCCUGCGGAGCAAAAUGGUUUAGUACUGAAUGGAGCACGUGUUCAAAAUCAUGCGAAGGCGGCUUCCGAGUCCGAGAGGUACGAUGUCUGUCUGACGACAUGACGCCCAGCACCAAAUGUGACGCGCAGCUCAAACCAGAGGAGAAGGAACAGUGCAACCCCCAGGACUGUGUACCAGAAAUAGAUGAAAACUGCAAAGAUAAAUAUUAUAACUGCAACGUGGUGGUGCAAGCCCGGCUCUGCGUUUACACCUACUAUAAGACAGCUUGCUGUGCCUCUUGCUUGAGGGUCGCCAACAGGCAGUCAGGGUUUCUGGGACGCAGAUAACAACGGCUCCCGUUCUCCACCUCUGACUUCUGCAGUCAUUUAUGGGCUGCCUGGACUGCAUCGGAGUCUCAAAAAAGACUCUUUUUGUACUAGGUGAACACCUCAAGCAUUGUGGUUCGCUCACACCUACGCGACAACAAUUCACAAGCACUGUGUUGGGACUUUCUGUCUUUUGGAAAUGUACACUGUAAAACCAUGUGCUUUUUUUACACAGCACUGGGCUCAGCCCAUUGAGAAUGUGCCUUGUACGAUAAAGGGAGCUCACACCAGUAUGCAUCUACGGCAAUAAUCCAUUCUGGACAGCAAGAUACUGCCUUUAUUAGGAACAACUAAACAUCACAAAAGCAGGGAUCUAGCUUUGGGGAACUGAAGGCCUCUUCCACCAGCUCGUUUCUUCUUGUCUUUUUGUUCUCUGCUUUCCAAGGCCCCAUAUUCCGACUUGCACUAGAGACAGAUCCAAAUAACUGCCAGUUUUUUAUAUUUUCAGAGGGAGAGCAGCCAUUGUUCUUGGUCCCAGAAGACUUGGUGCACACCUUUAGCACUCGAUGCUAGUUGAACUCUGCAUUAACUUUCUGAAUUACCGUCUUGAACAGUAAUGUAUUGUGGAUAAGGUUUAUUUCCAGUUUCUCAGUCCCUCUGAUUCCACCUUCCCCGUCCCUCUUCUGAUUCCCGCUAUCCUGUGUCCAAAGCAAACUGGUUUUUGUGCAAUUUUCACACAAAAGUUCCCCAUAAAAUGUGCAUUUUUUAAUGUUAUUGGGUAGGUCAGUUAAUCAUGAUUAUAUGUGUAAAAGACAUGGUAUUUUAUUGUAUAGUUUAUAUACAAUGUAUAAAUACCAUGCAAAUGGUUUACAUAGAUACAAACCAUACAAUAAACAUUAGAAAACAGCAAAAAGUAUGGAAUUGAAACAAAAAAUACCACCAAUACAAAGAUAGAAGAAAUAGGGGGCGUGCAGUGGUCUCUAGGGAUUGCUUACCCUGGGCACUUUACCAGCCUCCUGCCCCGUUGUUCCUUCCUCCUUUCUCCUUUAACAUUGAGCGUGAAGAUUUUUUUUUUAAACUCAAAAGCUCAUUCAUUGCUUUGUGAUGUUAAGUGGGUCCCAAUAAAGGGCAGCAAGGUGUUUCUCCCUAUUUGGGUUUUGUCAUGGACCAAGACGGCACUGAAAAUGUGAGGAGAGGGGGUUGCUUUGGAGAAUACCAACAGAGUGCAAAGUGCCUCUUCUAACUGAGAAAAAGGUUGUAUAUGUGUGCACUCUCGAAUUCAUGAUGGCAGAGUUUAUGGUACUUAUUCCCCUGAUGCAAUCUGUUUUGGGGGCGUUUUCUGGUGCUCUCACUGAAGUUUAAAGUGUGAAAAGGUACCCUUACUGAUGUUCAACCCAUCCCUUUCAUUCUCUGCACCUCCUGAAAGGGAUUCCCAGAAGGGAAACUUUGCUAAGAUCCCACUUGUGGCGAUUUGCACUGCCACAAUUAUAUGGCCUUCCUUGGAAAAGAUCCAGCUGCUGGCCAUUGCUUGUACCCUAUGAAACUUUUCUGCUAAAAGUGACUUUUCCCUCUGGCCCAGGGAGCUUUCUGCUGGCUUGCGCUGGAGGAAGAACACCACCGUGAGCAGAUCUAUCCAAUCCAAUAGUUCUCCCCCUCCCCAAAUUCCUACAGAAUACUUUUGUUUUUCAACAACUGCAAUACACUUGUCAUAAACAAGCAAGUAUUUUAAGCCUUCUGUCCCCUUCUUCACUGAUGUGUCAAAGUUAACAAAUUGCAUGUCAACGGCCAAUCUGUUUCAUUCCUAACCUUUGUGGGCAAAGCAAUUGCCCCCUCUUUUCCACUCUCUGCUAAGAAUGCUUGCCUUUCAUGCCUUCUUUUGCAUCAGAGGAGACUGAAAAUGGUGAGGCUUACUUAGGGAGGUCUCUGCCCAUAUGCUACCCUAUUGCCGUAACUUAACAUCUAAUCAGUUGCUAUUAACUUUUGAUGCAGGUGCCAAAAGAAGCAGGCCUUCCUGCAAGGAUAUUGACAGUGAUGGGUUUCAAAUGGAAGAAGAGACAAUGUGAACUCUACCCACCCCCAUUUAAAAGCCUGAUCCCAUUUGAUUCAGACCCAGACAUCAAGUCCGACCUUCCAAAUUAACAAAACUUUACCUUUGCAAAGGUGCGAGAGGGAGAAAGUAACCAGCAGGAAGCGCUCAUUAAAUGCAGGAGACAGGAAAUCGCGUAACUCAUAACCAUUAUUUUAUUCUUGUUUUUUUGGACAGGAAUGAUACUAACAAUGCUAGUUUUUUCUGCUUUCCACAUUGAACUGGGAUGCAGAGGAAACAAUGACGGUCGUAAUGCUUGGUAAGAAAUGACUGGGGGAAGACAGUUAUUUGUAAUUGCAAGAAGAUUCUCUCUUAUGUUUUAACUGUUCCCCCUGAUGCUGGUUAACCUGUUCCCUUUACAAAAAUAAUUCAAUAUUACUUUGGUAGGAGAGGGAACUGAAAAGGCCGAGGCUCACAGAUUUGGGGGGUUUUGCUUGGGGAAGGUUGUCCCCUCCAAACAUUGAAUUCUUGAAAACCUCAGGAUUGGUUGAACAAGGAUGCAACCCAUGGAAACACAAAAGAUUACCUAGGGUUUCCAUCCUCCAGGUAGGACCCAGACUUCUCCUAGAAUUCUGAAACUUCGCCCUCCCCAGGCUCCUCCCCCAAGUCUGAGUUGGCAAGCAGAACAAACCCUGUUUUUAUAUGCCCCAAAUGAAUGCAGUCUACCCACUUACAAGGAAGGAUAUACUUUGUUAUAACUUAUUUUUUAUAUUUGUAAAUACAAGAUGUUUAUAGGAAAGUAUGUAUUCUGAGCUAUGUCUAUAUGGAACAAGCCACUGCGUCAAAAUAGUUCUAUUAUUUAGAAUGAGAUUUUUUUUUUCAAAAAGGGACUUUAAAACAAAUGUAUUUAUUGAUAUAUUCCAUCUACAAUUCUGUCCAGUUCUUUUGGCAAUACUAACCAGCUUUUGCUCUGGAGAUUUUAGACCACAUUGGCUUAUAUAUAAUAUAUAUAUAUAUAUAUCAUACUGUAAAUCCAUAGUUAAUGGUUCCUUUAUUUCACAAUAAUAUCCACCACUUCUGCAAAAUGAAUUGAAAAGUGGGGAGAAGGAAUGCGUUAAAGGACUUAUCGACAAGUUCAGGAAUAUAUAUAUGCCCAGCCAUUUGCCUGAACCAAUUCUGUACAGCAUCAUUUCAUAAUGUAUACAUAUACUCCAAAGGGAGGAAAAAAAAUGUUUGCUAUUUUUGUUUAUGACUAAUUUAUUUUUUAUUAUUGUGGGGGA